UGGGAGGCGCUCUGAGGAAGGAUGAAGAGGUGCACCGUUCUCUGGCUGUGGAUGCAGCUGGACUGGGGGGCGCUGCUAAGUCCCAACGACCCCAAUGUCUGCAGCCACUGGGAAAGUUUUACCACACCCUCCAAGGAGUCGUAUGUGCAGCCAUUUGCCCAGGUCUUCGAGGAACCCUGCAACAGGAUGUGGCCCUUUGCCAAGACCUGCAUUCAGCACAGGGUCCUGUACAAGGCAGCCUAUCGCCAAGGCGUGAAGGUCGACUACCGGAGGAGGCACCGCUGCUGCCGGGGCUACUACGAGCGGGCCGACCUCUGCGUCCCGCGCUGCACCCAGGAGUGUGUGCACGGCAGGUGUGUGGCUCCGGACCAGUGCCAGUGCGAGCAGGGGUGGCGGGGGGCCGACUGCUCCAGCGACUGCAGCAAGCUGUUCUGGGGGCCGGAUUGCAAGAGCUCUUGCACCUGUGUGAACGGAGGCACUUGUGACCCUCUGACGGGGGCCUGCACUUGCCCACCAGGCUACAGGGGGCCCCUGUGCCAAGAGCCGUGUGCCCCAGGAAUGUACGGCCAAGAAUGCUUGCUGGGUUGCCACUGUGAGAAUGCCGCUUCCUGCGACAGGGUGACUGGAGCUUGCCUGUGCCCCCCGGGAUUCACUGGACCCCAUUGUGAGGUCCCUUGCCUCAACGGCAGCAGUGGAGUCUGGUGCCACGCCGACUGCGUUUGCCAGAACGGGGGCAUCUGCCACCCCUCCAACAGCAGCAACUGUGCCUGCCCUCCCGGGUGGAUGGGCGCCAUCUGUUCCGUCCCCUGCCCUGAGAGGCGCUUUGGCUCCAGCUGCCAGGGGGAGUGCCUCUGCCACAACGGAGGCCAGUGUGACCUGGUCAGUGGGCAGUGCCAGUGCACAGCCGGCUACAUUGGAGAGCGGUGCCGGGAGGAAUGCCCCAUUGGCAAGUAUGGGCAGGACUGCAGCCAGACCUGCGACUGCGCCAACGGCGGCCACUGCUUCCACAUCAACGGGGGCUGCCUCUGUGAGGCCGGUUACUACGGCAGCCGCUGUGAGGAGCGCAAGUGCCCGGCCGGCUUGUAUGGCCUGACCUGCCUUCGGCCGUGCCCCUGUGACCCUCGGCACACACAGAGCUGCCACCCACUGACCGGGGAAUGUACCUGCAAACCGGGCCGGGCCGGGCUUUCCUGCAACGAGACCUGCCCCCACGGAUACCACGGGGCCGGCUGCCGGGAGCCCUGCCUGUGUCUGAAUGGGGGGACUUGUGACAGUGAGACCGGGCUCUGCCUCUGUGCAGCGGGCUACACGGACGAGCACUGCUCCCGCCCCUGCCCCUCCGACACCUACGGGGCGAACUGCUCCCUGCGUUGUGCCUGCCGGAAUGCCUUCGCCUGCUCCCCCGUGGACGGGGCCUGCGCCUGCAAAGAAGGCUGGCACGGAGUGGACUGUUCCGCCCCCUGCCCCGCGGGCACCUGGGGUGCUGGGUGCAACGGGAGCUGCCAGUGUGCCAACGCCGCUGCCUGCAGCCCUGUCAGUGGGGUGUGUUCGUGUGGCCCAGGCUGGCACGGCAGCCGGUGUGAGGAACCCUGCCCGGACGGGUCCCAUGGCUUGGGCUGCAGCCAGAAAUGCGCCUGCCAGAAUGCGGACGGCUGUGAUCCUGGGACGGGGCAGUGCCGUUGCCUACCCGGAUGGACAGGCCCCCAUUGCAGCCAAAGGUGUGCGGCCGGCCGGUGGGGCCUGCGGUGCCUCCAGACCUGUACCUGCAAGAACGGGGCCAUCUGCUCGCCCCAGGAUGGGAGCUGCGACUGCCCCCCAGGCUUCCGGGGACCCCAGUGCCAGCGCCGUAAGGGGAGGUGCUUGAACCGCGGUUGUCCUCUUGUGGGGAGGAUGUGCCGUCACGGUCUGGCCCCUUCGGCUGAGACACCCUGUGAGGCCCGCCCGCGUCUCAGAACUGACCCUCCUGGUGUGGUCUGUACAGGCUGCCCGCUCGGGUUCUUUGGGGACAACUGCACCCAUCAGUGCCAGUGCCAGAACGAGGCCCAGUGCCAUCCUGAAACUGGGCGGUGCUUGUGUCUCUCCGGCUUCACCGGUGCCCGCUGUGAAACCAGAACAGAAAACCCCGACCAUCCUUUUGCUAUGGUUCCUGCACCUCCCACUGGCUACAGCGGCACCCUGGGGGCUGUGAUUGGCAUCGGCGUGAUGGCUGCCUUGCUGGUGGCGGUCUUGGCCCUCUUCCUCUACUACCGGCACUGGCAGAAGGGCAAGGAGAGCCAGCACCUAUCUGUGGCCUACACCACAGGGCGGACAGACACUUCCGAGUAUGCUGUGCCAGACAUCCCUCCCAGUUACACCCACUAUUACUCCAACCCCAGUUACCAUACUCUGUCGCCGUGUGCUCCAAGCCUUCCCGUGCCCAGCAUCCCAGAGCAGCCGCCUCCCAGUAAGCUGGCCAGCGGCCAGCUUUUCUCCAGCGCCAAGAGCCUGGAGCGGGAUUGGCCAGGGCUCUACGGCGGCGUGGAUUGCAACGCCACCCUUCCCGCAGACUGGAAGCACCAGGGCAGCACUCCGGCACUGAGCCACCGAGGGCUGGGAGGAAGCCAGAUUGAUCGCAGCUACAGCUACACCAAUGGGCUAGGAAAAUACCACCACAGAGAGUGCGUCCGGGAGGAGCCCUUGUGCCGCAGUGACAGCUCCCUGAGCAGCGAGAACCCCUACGCCACCAUCAAGGACCUGCCCGUCCUGGCUGGCAAGCCAUCCGAGGGCGGCUACAUGGAGAUGAGGGCGCCGGCCAGGCGGGAGCUGUCCUACGCAGAGAUCGGGCUCUUCGAAGCCUCCGCCCAGAGCCUGGAGGAGGAGGAGGAAGGAGAAAACGGCUUGCUUGGGGCAGGCGGCCCCUCACAGGCAACUCCCGACGUCCCCCCAAACCACUACGAUUCCCCGAAGAACAGCCACAUCCCCAGCCACUAUGACGUGCCGCCCGUUCGCCACUAUUCGCCUUCACCGCCACGCCGGAGACGAGACAGAUGAGGCCGGGCCCGAGCGCUGCAGUCCGUCCCUCCUCGCUUUCUGCUCCUGCGUCUGCCCGCCCGAGAACGGCGCCCCGUCCAGAGGGCCAGUCCUGCCACACCUCGUUUUCAUGUGGAGCAUCAGGCUGAGCGGCAAGCGACAGCCUCCCUCGGGAGCCAGCCUCCCUCCCAGCCGUCGU